AUGGGUAUUUCCUUUAAUUUUUUCAACAUUUUCAAGAAGAAAAAACAGCCUCUCCCCAUUGAAACCUCCUUCACACUUCCUUCUCCACUUCCAUCUUGGCCACCAGGUGAAGGUUUUGCAAGUGGUACUAUUGAUCUUGGAGGUUUGCAAAUUUAUCAGGCAUCAAAAUUCAGCAAACUCUGGGCCACACUCGAAGGCGGGCCCGACAAUCUCGGGUCGACAUUUUUCGAGCCAACCUCCGUACCCGAUGGCUUCCAUUUGCUCGGCUGCUACAGCCAGUCCAACAACAAGCCGCUCUCCGGUUGGGUUGUUGUCGGGAAAGACACGACCAACGACCCCUCGGGCGGCUCUCUGAAGCAACCGAUCGACUACACUCUUAUAUGGACCAGCGAAAAUCUGAAAAUCAAGCAAGAAAGAAGCGGAUACAUUUGGCUCCCAACUCCUCCGAAUGGAUACAAGGCAGUCGGGCUCGUCGUCACGGACUCACCCGAAAAGCCCGCGCUCGAAAAGCUGCGUUGCGUCCGGUCUGAUUUUACGGACCUCAACGAGAACGAGACGUGGGUGUGGGGCCCGGGAAAGGACGCCAGCUCAAGCGAGAUUAAUAUCUACUGCUCAAGACCGAGAAACAGGGGAAUUCAAGCCACUGGGGUUAAAACGGGCACGUUUGUCGUCCGAAACAACGGGGUUGACUUGGAUUUACCGUGUCUUAAGAACGUGAGCGGUAAAAACUACGCCAUGCCUAACCAGAAUCAAAUCGAGGCAAUUAUGAAGGCUUACUCCCCGCGCGUGUAUUUCCACCCGGACGAGGAGUACUUUCCAUGCUCCGUGAAAUGGUACUUUGAAAACGGUGCUUUGCUUUACAAAAAGGGGGACGAGUCGUAUCCCGUUUCGAUCGACCCGGAAGGCUCGAACCUUCCAGAAGGCGGCGAGAAUGACGACACUUACUGGAUUGACCUCCCCACGAAUAGUGAGGCUAAGGAGGUGGUUAAAAAGGGGGACUUGUCUAGCGCAUGUUGUUACUUGCACGUGAAGCCGAUGUUUGGCGGGACAUCCACCGACAUAGCAAUAUGGCUAUUUUACCCUUUUAACGGCCCGGCCCGGGCAAAAGUCAAGUUCUUUGAUGUCUCGUUGGGGAGAAUCGGGGAGCACAUUGGUGACUGGGAGCACGUAACGUUAAGAGUGAGCAAUUUCGAUGGGGAGCUCAAGAGCAUGUACUAUUCGCAGCACAGCGGAGGGGUUUGGUUGGACGUGUCGCAAUUGGAUUUCGUGGAGGGGAAUAGGCCGGGGGCAUUUUCGUCAUUUCACGGGCACGCGUCGUACCCAAAGGAGGGUCUGGUGUUGCAAGGGAGUGGGAAUAUCGGGAUAAGGAAUGAUAGUGGUAAGGGCAAGUUUCUUGAUGUCGGGUCGAAUUUUCUAGUGGUCGGGGCCGAGUACUUGGGGCCCGGUUUCGUGGAGCCUCGGUGGGUGAACUACCGGAGGAAGUGGGGCCCGAAGAUCGAGUACAAGACUGAGGAUGAGAUGAAGAAGGUGGAGAAGUUGUUGCCUGGGAAAUUGAAGGAUGCAUUUGAGAGGUUGAUGAGGGGCCUUCCAAAUGAGGUGUUUGGUGAAGAUGGGCCAACUGGGCCUAAGGUGAAAGAUAGCUGGGCUGGUGAUGAGAGGUCUUAA